GACCUGGACCUGGUCCUUGUUGCAUGAGAGGAGUGUGGAACGGUGAAAACUGACUGCCAAAAGAUGUCACACCAAACCGGAAUCAACGCAACAUCUGAGCUGAAAGAGUUUCUGGCCCGAGCGAGGGGAGGUGCCAUCAGAAUAAUGAAGAUCAUCAUCAGAAACGAGGAGCUGGUGCUGGAUUCAUGCAGGGAACCAGCGCAGACCUGGGACAAGGACUACGAUCAGUUCCUGCUUCCUCUGCUCACACCGCAGGAGCCUUGCUACAUCCUCUACCGUCUGGACUCCCAGAAUGCACAGGGAUACGAGUGGAUCUUCAUCGCCUGGUCACCUGACCAGUCACCAGUGAGGCAGAAGAUGGUGUACGCAGCGACUCGUGCCACACUGAAGAAAGAGUUUGGAGGAGGCCACAUCAAAGACGAGAUGUUUGGCACAGUCGAGGAUGACCUUUGCUUCCAGGGAUACCUGCGACACAACUCCUCCUGCUCCUCCCCAGCUCCACUCACAGCAGCCGAGCAGGAGCUACAACGAAUCAAAGUCACAGAGGAUAAAGUCGUAUGGGAUGAACGCAGACGAAUCGGGACUCCAACGGCACGGGCGAGGGUCACGAUGGAGUUUGGCUUAGACAAAAGGGCACAGACUCUUCAGGGUCUUGCGUUCCCUUUACAAGAAGAGGCCAAACGAGCUCUGCAGCAGCUCAAGCAGAAGCGCAUCAACUACAUACAGCUGAGGCUGGAUGUAGAGAAAGAGACCAUUGAGCUGGUUCACACCAAAGCUACAGAAACCCACGAGCUUCCUUACAGGAUUCCCACGGAUUCGCCCAGAUACCACUUCUUCAUCUUCAAACAUUCCCACCAGGGCCAGCUGCAGGAGGCGCUGGUGUUCAUAUAUUCAAUGCCUGGCUACACCUGUAGCAUCAAGGAACGGAUGCUGUACUCCAGCUGUAAGAACAGGCUACUGGAUGAGGUGGAGAGAGACUACCAGCUGGACGUCAUCAAAAAGAUGGAAAUAGACAGUGGUGACGGUCUGACAGAAGACUUCCUGUAUGAGGAGGUCCACCCAAUGGAGCACACCUUAAAGCAGGCCUUUGCCAAGCCCCGCGGACCAGGAGGGAAGAGGGGCAACAAACGCCUCAUCAAGGGUGCGGGGGAGAACGGGGAAGAAAAUUAGACACCACACACACUCGUAAACACACAAGCAAACUGACACAAUAUCUAAGAAUUGACUUGUUAUUUGACUGUUUAGCUUCUAGCCAUUGCUUCUUUAUUUUUACUCAAAGACAUACCUUUCACCCUGAAAAUGAGGAUCCACCAUAAAGCAGAGUGUAUUCAUGAAUAAACUUUCUAGAUCUGCACAUUUUUACGUUGGCGUUGCAUCGUUUUGCAGAUAUAAAUUCCCUGCUGUGCAGCCAAAGUUUGUGCAGAUCCAGAACAUUGUCACUGAGGUUCUAGCAGAGAUCCAUGUGCUUCAGAAGUUACCAAAUAUGUCAGACUGUAUGAAAUAAUGCACACAAUAUCAAAAAUAUUCCCAGUGAAUGCAGCAGAGAAGCCAGAGAUGUGAUACAGGUAGAUAAAGCUGUUGAAGCUACAACCAGCAGCUAGUUUAGCCUAGCUUAGCAUAAACCAGCUAGCCUGCCUUCACAAAAACAAUGAGUAAAAAAGUUAAAGUUGCAGUGAUGUGUCGAACUUAAUCGAAAGGAAGUGUCACCGCUUUGAGCUGUGACUUCAGAUGAAAACAAACCACGUAAAACCUGAACCGUGAAAUAAUUGGCAGAAAAUCCACAUUUUUUGAAACUGGAGUGUUUAUUGAACCUUCUGACGACAACAACAAAAAAGUUAAUAUCAAUUUGCAUUUAGUUUGUAUCACUUAUGCUACAUCUGGCAUUUCUGGUGCAUGAAUUACGAUCUACGGUGGAUUAUCGGUGCACUGCACAUGUCUGAUUGUAUACAUCAAAAAAAAUAUAGACCACACUGAGGAUGUAGAAAACCUCAAGGGUAUGAAAUAUGACACGCUUACAGGGCCAGAUGUUAAAGGGUUAAAGGGUUACUUUUAAUGAAGAGUGAGGCCUCUGAUAUUCAUUUGAUUUACAUUUGCCAAUUGCUCAAUGAAAGCACUGUCGUCACCUCCCCGCUCCGCACUCUACUUUUCUUUUUUUGAUUACUUCACUUAGAAUUGAUUCAGCUCAUUGAGAUCAGUGAGAAAUUGCUGUGACAUUUCUGCUUUAUGGCGGAUUACUCUUUAUAUUGCUUAUGCUGUUCCCACGGAUCACGCUUCUCCAGAUAUAAAUUCAUUCACGUCACAUUUACAGUUGCCUUCAUCGGUCAUCUGAUCGAGGUUUGGCUGCGCUCAGAAGGGGGCUGUUGUUUUACAUGGUUCUACAAUAAAGCAUUUUCUGUA